ACACCAGAAGCGAUUUCUAAUCUUGAACUUGAAGUGGGUGUAAGAGCCAAAUAAGGAAUGAGUUUGAGGCUUAUUUUCCUUGUCCUGGAAGUCAGUACAGCUAAAUAUAUGUCCAUCACUUCUCGUUUUUUUCCAUUUUUGUUUAUAUAAAACACAUAGAAAUUUCUGAAUACCCCUGGCCUUUGUCUAUGUUGAGACCAGUUUCAAGUCCGCGUUCUAGGUGUCGCUGUUGACCACGUCUGAAGCUUCAAAUCAUGUGUCGGCGUGCACACGUGACGGGGAAGAGCCUGCGUCUCAAGGCCAUUUUCAAAUUUCAUUGGUGAGACUGUCAUGUGGUUGCAGAGAGACCCUCUGGGUUACGCGGCGAUUGUUUUGCAAGAUAUGUCAGCUUACAAAGGACACCUCUCUCUUCUUUAAAACAUCUCCAAAAUGUCCUUUCCCAACAGCUCUCCUGCUGCUAACACGUUUUUGGUAGAUUCUUUGAUUGGUGCCUGCAGAACAGACAGUUUUUAUUCCAGCAGCAACAUGUACAUGCCAUCCAGUGCAGAAUUGGGAAGUUAUGGAAUGCAAACCUGUGGACUCCUGCCGUCUCUUGGCAAACGGGGGGAAGUAAACCACCAAAAUAUGGGCAUGAACGUCCAUUCGUAUAUACCUCAAAUUGAUAACUGGGCAGAUCCGAGCAGGUCGUGCCGAAUAGAACAACCGUCUAACCAGAUGCCCACUUGCACAUUUUCACAAAACAUAAAAGAAGAGAGCAACUGCUGCAUGUACUCCGACAAGAGAGCAAAGGUCAACUCGUCCGAGAUGCCCGCGUACUCAAAUCUGAUUUCCGAGCCGUGUAGCGUGGAAGGUCCAGAGAUUCCGGUACCGGGUUACUUCAGACUGAGCCAAACUUACACGACUGCGAAAAGUCAGGACUACUGCCACGAGGCGGCUAGUCCAAAUACGUUGAUGCAGCUGAACCGACUGACUCCCAAACCGCAUUCUACGACGUCCUAUGUCGAAGUGGAAAAGAAGCUGGCAGAGAUUACGCACGACCAAGAAGCGAGCACCCCGACCGCAGCGCAGAGCCCGGAGCCUAAGGCGAGCUCUCAGGAGGAGAAGAACUGCUCUACUGAGGCUUCUGUCUCCAGCCCGGAAUUGCCACACAAGGAAGCGAAAGAGUGCAAAACAGACACACCGACUAGCAACUGGCUCACUGCAAAGAGUGGUAGGAAAAAGAGAUGCCCAUACACAAAACACCAGACCUUGGAAUUAGAAAAGGAGUUUUUAUUCAAUAUGUACCUGACUCGAGAGCGCCGUCUAGAGAUCAGCAAAAGUGUCAACCUCACUGACAGACAAGUGAAGAUCUGGUUCCAAAACCGCAGGAUGAAGCUUAAGAAGAUGAGCAGAGAAAAUCGAAUCCGGGAACUUACCUCAAACCUCACAUUUUCGUGAAAUGGCCCCAAAUCACACGCCCUGCUUUUGUGUUUUCUUUGUAUAUAAUAGUUCAUAAUGAUACUUUUAAACAAGGAACACUGAAUGGUUUCUCUUCACGUUCAUAAACUGUGAUUGUUGCUAAAAAUAGUGUUUUCAAAAUUACAUUUACUUGAUGAUAUUCAAGUAAUAUUAUGAAAGUUAUGUAUUGUGUAUAGCCUAUGUUCCACAGGGUAUGAAGUGGUCUUAACUUAUAAAACGUCAAGAAACAAA